GCAGAGUCUGAUCUCAGAGAGACUCAGAGAGAGAGAGACAGUGACAGACAGACAAACAGAGAGAGACAGACAGAUAGACAGAGACAGAGAGAGAGACAGAGAGAGACAGACAGACAGACAGACAGACAGACAGACAGACAGACAGACAGACAGACAGACAGACAGACAGCAUGUCUCCCUCCCAGUCCUCACUACUACUGCUACUGCUGAUGGUCUCCUGCUCCUGGGCCACCCACUUUUUAGGAGGAACCAUGACCUUCAACCCCAGAGGGACCAACCCAGACGGAACCUACAGGGUGGACCUCCGUUACAAGGCAGCCCUUCUGUCUCAUGGCUGUUUUUCUGAUACCUGGUUGUGUAUCAGUGGGGACUGUGGGAAUGAGAUCAGUUUAGUGGUUAACACCGUGGACCAGGGGAUAUCUGAGGACUGGUGUCAGACAGAGGGAGUCAUGACUAGACACGUCUCCAAUAACACACAGACCUUUGAUCUGCUAUUGGAUGGCGGAAACUGGAUAGACAAUGAUAAUUCUGUUCGUGCUUGGAGGCUGUGGACUCAUGUGGAUCUUGGGGUCAGGUCUGACACGAAGACAGUCAACCGAUCUCCACAGACCACUGUCGUACCUCUGAUGCGUGUCCCUGCUAAUUGUCCAAGAGAUUUCAACCUGUUGUCGUUUGAUCCAGACGGGGAUGAGGUCAGAUGCAGAUAUGCAGUACCAACGAAUGAGUGUUACACAUCAAGUGACCUUCCUAAUGACUUCACUCUACAAGAGAACUGCACCUUGUCAUUUUGGGGCAACAGUAGUACCACUGGAACAUAUGCAGUUCAGUUAGUGAUGGAGGAUUUCCCGACUCAGUCCAUCUCUCUCUCCUAUACUGACGGAUCUCAAUAUAUCAUGACCUCAAACAACACACUCUGCAAUCUACCUGUUCACUUUGCAGUGAGAGUGGACCCCCCGGUGACAUCCUGUCUGGAGGGGUUGUACCUACCCAUGUUCCUGUCUCCAACACCAGCCCAGGGUGCACUGCUCUACGCCUCUGCAGACCAACCCCUGGAAAUCACUGUCAGAGCACAGGCUACCCGGUCCACGGUUUCAGAGCUGUUGGUGAGUGGGCCUUCCAGUAUCACAGAGAACAGCACUGUCUCAGGAGAGUACCUUCUAAGAUGGACGCCCACUGAGGAUGAGGAGGGAGGGUACUAUCCUGUGUGCUUCAUCGCUCAGGGAGUGAACGACAGUUUCAUGUAUCACUCUGAGCUGCGCUGUUUGAUCGUCAGGGUUGGAAACACAAGUGCCAUCAGAACAACAGAGGAACCAACAACCUCCCCUCUGACAACAAACCUAACGACCUCAGAGGAACCAACAACCUCCCCUCCUCUGACAACAAACCUAACGACCUCAGCGGAACCAACAACCUCCCCUCCUCUGACAAUAAACCUCACAACCACAGCGGAGCCAACAACCUCCCCUCCUCUGACAAUAAACCUCACAACCACAGAGGAACCAACAACCUCCCCUCCUCUGACAAUAAACCUCACAACCACAGAGGAACCAACAACCUCCCCUCCUCUGACAAUAAACCUCACGACCACACAGAUUUCACCUGCACUUCCAACAACCACCCAAACAACUACUGAACUCACAACCACAAAUGUCAGUACGUACGCACCCACAACUACCACAGUGACCACAGCAUCCACAACUUUAAGUGCACACCCAACCACCGAUCUCACAACCCAUAUUGUGGACAGUACAACAACGAGCAGUGGGCCUCGAUACGUUGUUGUACUGAGGAUAAAACUGUCCUCUCUGAUCCCACUAACAGAUGAUUACAUCCGAAACGUGGUUUUACAGCAGCUCCGUGAGGAACUGAUCAGACAAGGGCUGCCAGGGGACUUCGCGCUACGCCUGAGAGCCACCCAUGGGAUCAGUUCCUGAGGGAGGAACAGGAAUUCAGAUCGACAUUCUUCACUCCUACUUGUCUUGUCUUCCUGGUUCUGAUUCUGCAGAAAGUUCUUUUGAAGAAGAAGUGGUUCCUUAUAAUGACAGAAUAUGAUUUGUACUAAUCUCUUGGGACAGACCCACGUAACAUAAAUGAUGGUUUUUGUUCUGGGUUGCCAGGAUUAGUUGAAUGGACUGACAGUGCUUCUGACUGGAUGUUAGUUGAAUGACUAAAAUGUAAAGGAUUUAUGUCUACAAGAAGAAAUACAACAUAAAUAUGUUUGGUAAUGUACAGAGGUAGACUGGGGUUCUUUCCUGUUUGGUAAUGUACAGAGGUAGACUGGGGUUCUGUCCUGUUUGGUAAUGUACAGAGGUAGACUGGG